AUGAUCGAAAUGACGAGCACAAUCUCUACCACUCUCGACACAACACCAACAGACUCUGUGGUGUCACAAGGUGUCGUUCAUCUGGGAGCGCCGGGAUUGAGCCAAAGUGCGCCGGCAAGUCCCCGGCUUUCUCCAAUUAUCCCCAAAAAAGAGCCCAUUGAUUACGUGAAAGGUUCAGCCGGGAUGUUCAACAAUAUUCUCACCUCAUGCUUUGGCUCGUUUUUCCCAAUCUUCGGAGCAAAGAAGGGCGAUUCGAUAGCUUCAUAUUCUGGAGAUGAUUGGGAGAUCCCGUUCGAAUCGAUCACCAAUCUUGAAUGGCUGGGUGCUGGAUCUCAGGGUGCCGUUUUCUCGGGUCGCCUAAACGCGGAAACGGUUGCGGUGAAAAAAGUGAAAGAGUUGAAAGAUACGGAGACAAAACAUUUGCGAUAUCUUGAUCAUCGGAACAUCAUUAAAUUUAUGGGUAUUUGCACACAAGCCCCAUGUUUUUGCAUCGUGAUGGAGUUCUGCUCAAAUGGACAACUCAAUGAGCUAUUGAAAAGUACCGAGUUGACGCCGUCAAAGCGAUGGGUGGAUAUGGCUCAACAGGUGGCGAGUGGAAUGGAGUAUCUGCAUAGGAACAAAAUCGUGCAUCGAGAUCUCAAAUCGCCAAACAUCUUGGCGGCCGGUGAUGGAACGAUGAAGAUCUCGGAUUUUGGCACCUCUCAAAAGUGGAACAAAAUGAACAGCGCUUUGAUGUCAUUUUGUGGGACGGUCAGUUGGAUGGCUCCGGAAAUGAUCAAAAAGGAUCCGUGCUCGGAAAAGGUCGAUGUUUGGUCAUUCGGUGUCGUUUUAUGGGAGAUGAUCACUUGUGAGCAACCGUAUCAAGGAAUCGAUUCAAUGGCCGUUCUUUGGGGAGUUGGAUCAAACAAACUCUCCUUGCCACUCCCCGAGAGAAUUCCCGAUGGUUUGCGGAUGCUCGUUCAACAGUGUUGGUCACAAAAAGCACGAAAUCGUCCUUCUUUCCAAGGAAUUCUUCAACAUCUUUACAUUUUGGCGAAUGAGUUGGCUUAUUGGGGAGAAGAGGAGUGGUUGACUAGAUAUUCAAUGUGGAGAGAAGAGGCAAAGGCCAUUAAAUAUCCGGAGACUCUUCAAGGACAUCCAGGGAAUCUUCGAGAACAUGAAGAACAAGAACAAGUGCGUAAACGAAAAGAAGAGCUGAAACACGCUCAGGAUAUCCGUGUCAUGUAUGAGACAAAAUUUCGGCGAUGCAACAAAAUGUAUCAAAAGCUCACGACAUUGCUCGAGGAGUUGGAAGUUCGAGAGAAUGAAGUUACGGAAAGAGAGCGACAUGUUGCGUUGAAAGAGGGGAGACAUUAUCGAGGAGGAUCUUUCUCUGGACGGGGAGCUGUCGUUGUGAGAGCUGGACCAAAAACGCAUAAAGGAGAAGCGACAGCUAAUGUCUUCACCACAGCUGUACCCCAUCCGUCAUAUUAUGGCGCUGGCAUGUACGGAGAAGAGAUGUCCUCGAGUGAUGACGAGGUGCCGUCACCGGAUUUGAACAGGGGAUCUCCAUAUCGAUGCAGCCAAGCUAGCAGCUGGUCCGGUCAUCCAUCGUUCUCCCGCCAAUCCUCCGUUCGCUCAUCGCAAGGUCCGCGUCCAGUUCGCCCCUCUCCCAAUCGGCCUCAAAAUUUUUCGAAUUCACCCAACUUGAUUCGUGAAGCCGCCAUCCGACAAUCCGCAUCGUCUCAUUGUGGGGAUUUCUCGCGGAACUCGCCGGCAAGACACUCGGGUUUGAGUGAGGAUUCUGGGAUCCAGAUGUGGCCAUCGCGCGUGAACAGUUGUGGAUUGUUGUCGGAGACGGGUGCUGGACAACCGGCUUGCUUCUCGCAAAUGAUCUACAGACAUGGAGAAGGACGAUGGUCGGAUGGAUCGGCGAGAAGAAGAAUGAAGAAAAGUCGAGAUAAUUUCAGGAGAGACUCGCCGGCACGUGUGCCACAAGUGAGAGCCAAUCGGGACAAAGACAAGCGCGCCUCGUGCCCGGCUGCUGCCGAACGAGACCCAUCAGUGGCCAGCCAACGAUCCGACACUGUCCACGAUAACUGUGACAGAUCAGCAAGUGUCGCUCCCUCGUCCUCGUACGAAGAAGCUCUAGCCGCAUUCGGCUCUUCGCCCACAAUGCCCACUGUUCAUCACUCGACCUCAACCCUUGCACCACCCACACAAACGGCAACACUCACCAUCAAUAAUCAGAUCGCAUACACGGCUGUGAAUGGAUAUACGAAUCCACUGUACUCAUCACCGGUCUCCACAUACGAGAACCCACUAGCCGAGAACCCGAAUCUUCUACGCGUCGAUCAAAACAUUGACUUAGCUUCGUCGAUGGAUAGCAACAAUCCCAUGCCAACUCAACGGAGAAAUUCGGAUGCAAGCGAUGAGAGCAGCUCGUCGGAAGAAGAGCAACAGGACAAUCGAAAUGGAAAUCUUUUCGAGUCGAGUUUGGACUCGGAUCGAGCUGGGAAAACGUUCCAAAGGGAGCGAACGACGAGUGAUGAAGAGAGGAGUGCGAUUGAGAGGAGACGCCACGCUCUGAUGCUCUUGGAAUCGUCAGCUUCGAUGGCUUCCUCACUCGAGAGAUCACUCGAGAUGGGAGCCAUUCAUUCCGAUGGACUUUCCGAUAAAGAAACUGCUUUGCGGAGAGUGCAAAGGACAAUCAAAACGCACAGGAGAACACAUUCGGGCGGUCAACCAAUCCAAAUGACUGUAGUCGAUGAGACGUCAACGGAGAGUGAAGAGAACGAAGAAGCAGUACAAUGU